AUGGAGGACACCGGUGAGUGCGAGGACGACGCGGGCGCGGGCGCGGUCUCCUUCGAGCGCGUGCUCUUCGAAGUCCCGCAGAUCGUCGAGCACAUGUCCUUCGCUUCCCGACGCGCCGUCGCCGCCACCUGCUGGAGCUUCUUCCUCGCCAUGCUUCAACGACAAAUAUGCGACGGCUGGCGGCCCGUCCUCAACGUCUUCGACGCCCGCGACGUCCUCCCGCACGCCAUCGCGGACCGCGUCGCCGCCGGCACCGCGUCCACCGGCACCGCCGCCUACCGCGGCCUCCACGUCGCCCUGACCGACACGCGCGCUCUUCUCGGGGCGAUUGAGCGGUGUCGCAAGGGCAAGGGCGCUCGCAGCGACGCCGUCGUGGCGGUGAACGACGUGGUGCGCGCGGCGCAGCAGCCCGGCGCGGCGCCGAUCCGCGUCGAGCGCGUCACAAGCAUGGGCGAUCAGAUCGCGUUGUCGCGGAACUCGCGGCCCGCGGACGCGCUGGCGGACCUCCUGGCGCAGCCGGCCGUGUGCGGAACGCUGUGGGACUUGCAGCUCGCGACGUUUCCUCUGCGAGACGCCGGCGCGACGGCGCUUGCGUCUGCGAUGCCGCGUUGUGUCGGGUUGACGUGCGUCAGUCUGACGUCGUGUCAGGUGGGCGGCGAGGGCGCGCGGGCGCUCGCGCAGGUGCUCGGGAAGCUGUCGCUGCUGCGCACGCUCGAGCUGUCGGACAACCCGCUCGGAGACGCCGGCGUGAGCGCUGUGGCGGAGGCGCUGGGCCCGAGUCGGGCGCUGCGGGUGCUGGAGCUGGCGCGGGUCGGGAGCGGCGCGGUGGGGGCGCGCGCGCUGCGAAAGCUGCUCGGACGACAGUCGGCGCUGGAGGAGCUGUGGCUGGGUGGCAACGUGCUGCGCGACGUCGGGGCGCGCGAGCUGGGCGAGGAGCUCGUGAACGGCAACGCCAGGCUGCGGGUGCUCGACCUCCCCGACAACAGCAUCGGGCCGGAGGGCGCGUGGGAGCUCGCGCAAGGGCUGGAGUUCUGCCGGGCGCUCGAGGAGGUGUGCCUGGACGACAACCGAAUACGGGACGACGGCGCCGCGGCUGUCGCCGACGCCCUCGCCACGUCGCCGACGCUGGCGCGGCUGGCGCUGCGGCACUGUGGCGUGGGCGACCGCACGGCGACGGCGGCGGCGCGGCUGCUGCAGGGGUGUCCGCGGCUUGCGGACGUCAACCUGGCAAGGAACAAGAUCGGCGACGCCGGCGCGAAGACGUUGGCGAGCAGUCUUGAGCGAUCUAGAAUCACGGACCUGGAUCUGUGCGAGAAUCGAAUUGGCGUGCGGGGGGGGUUUAGUCUCGGACGGGCGGUGGAGCGCAUGAGCAGGCGCGCGGAGGUGCGGCUGUUCUAG